CGAGGCCUUCUGCUCCCUUGCUUCGACGGGCGGGCGACAAAUUGUUGCAAUGGAGACAGGACUUCAGAUUUCUUCGGAGUUGUGAAGCAAUCUGAAGAAACCAUCGAUAGUAUUGAACCCAUGUCAGAUUCGCGAAUACUCUUCCGCCGACGAUGAUCAUCCAGCAGCAGUGGGGGUCUCGUCAGGGCCACGAGCUUAGUUCUUGAAGUACGUCUACCGCAUCCUCGUACUCCUGCUCGCGAAGGCGCGAUCUUUCUCUGCGAUGGAUCCGGAAUCCGAAAUUACGGCGGGAGGCGAAGGUCAAGGUAGGGAGGUUGCGGAGUUUGUGGACAACUUGAAAGCACGUUUGAAGGAAGUAGAGAGAGGCUCCGAGUGGACGAGACAAUGUGAGGAUCUUUUGAAGAAAAUCAACAGUUCGCUUGAUCCAAAUGUCGCUUAUGGACAGGAGCUUUUAGACAUUGCUGGAGGCAGUGACCUACUCGAGGUCGUAGUGCAGUAUGCUGGCAUAUCUGAAGGAUGUGAAGCAAAUAUCAAUACUUUGAUUGCAAAUAUGGCUGCAUCCUGUGAUCCGCGGGAAAUGUUUACGAUAUUUUUUGAGGUAAUCAACAUCUACACUAAACCUCGGACACUACAUCUUUGUAUACCUCUUUUACAUGGGCUUUCGAUCGUCUUUCCUCGAAUCAGGAGGCGACAAGUAGAGUUCUUUAAGGAGGCAAUUCCGGGCUUAUUAGAAGUCGGAAGGGCUGCUUUAGAAGUUAAGGGUGCUACAGGCGAGAAUGAUUCGGACGAUGAGGUUUCUGAGUCAAGAGCUCAACAAAUACCGCAUUACCGAGUUCCGGACAACAUACCUUCCAAAUUGGUCGAAAAGUUGGUCAAUCUGGGCAAGACAAUGAGAGAAGUGUACACUGGUGAUGAUAAUCAGAGGCUCAGCGACAUCCUCGUCUUAUAUAUCUUAAGACUUCUGAGUUUAGCGAGUUGUAGCACUAGUGCGAUUGAAGGUGGAGUUCCAGAGAUUGUCAUGGAAGUUAUGAACCUGCUGUCCUCCAGUAACCUCUUCGUCAAAGAAAUUCUUACAACAAGGAAACUGGAGGAGAUUCUAGAUCGUUACUCUGAUGAAGAUGAAGAUCAGAUCCUUCGGACUCGGUUUGAGGCCACAGUAGGAGCCGCACUUGCAGUGUACUGGUAUAUUUUUAACAAAGACUCUUCCACUGUCACUUUGGUGUUCGACUUUCUGAAAAGUCAAGUCGAGAAUUCUGGACGUCAAGGUGUUUCUUAUGUCAUCAACAUGGCAAGCAUUUUGCUUGUUCCUUUGGGAUGGAAUCAAGAUGUGUCUUUCCAGCAGAAAGGAGUGACUUUACUGACGUCAAUUCUUGAAGUCCUUAAAACAAUAUCCAAUACCAGUCACACAGUUCAACCUGAUGAUUCAUCGAUCUAUAUUAUGCCAGCUCUGAAGAGGAUCCAAGAUCUUGUUGUCCACACUGCAAACACCAAGCUACGUCGAGAGGCAUACGCUCUCCUAAUCAAGACAAUCAAACAGACUCUUCCAGCACCAGAAAGGUUUCAAGCUUUAUUUGAUAUUAUAACGAACUGCGAUCAUCCAUCUUUGGUUUCACUGCUUUUGAACUGUGUUAAAGAUGAAGUCGUGAGUGCAUGGCCACCAGUUGUGGAUCUUCCGAUUCAGAGAGGAAGCGAUGGCCUCUCGACGUCUGCCUCAGCUGAGACCUUCACAGAGGGCAUGACGUUGUCUCCGUUCGUUAAUAGCCAAGUAUUACAGUUCAUCCAGUGUGUUCUUCGAACAAGAGAUGGAGAUCUCGCGGAACUUCCUAGAAAUAUUGAUGCGGUCGUGAGUGCCUUAAACUUGUAUCGUUUCCUACUGAUAAGGGAAUCUUCAGGAAAUACCAAUUAUACACAAGUGCUCGGUCAUGAUGAACUUGUGAAGGGCCGGACAUAUUGGCUUUUGCCGAUCAGGGAACAGGCUUUAAGCGUCAGAAGUGUGUUGGAGAGAGUGGAUUCCGAAACAGACUCAAGUGCAGACAUGAUGUUGGCAAUCGAUUGUCUACAGUCAGUACUUUAUCGAUGUUUAGAAAUAGUGGAGGAGGUGCAGAGAGGUUUACCUAACUGAACCCAUGAGGAGCGAUCUAUCCGCUCAGCUGCACUUCGCAGUCUGAACGUUGUGUGCAAAUUUACGAAAAUUUGCGGAAGACGCUGCUGGUAUAUUUUCAACUGUGCCUUACGGCGUUGUAGUCUCGAGUAAUGAAAGAGGUCAAACAUAGUCUGAGAAAGGGGCGGUAGUGAGCCCCAAUGGCUAUGUAAUGUUCAGAGACGCGUGACAACAACGGAAGCAUUCGUUAUGGCGAGAAGAACGUGAUUUCACUGCGUGAACGCGUAUUCCCUAGCAUCUGUUGUAUUUAGGAUUCCUCCAUUGUCCAUCCGUUUCCGACGGAUCAGCCUCAGUCACAAGCCUGAAUAUACUGUACUUGCACUACUCUAGAUGUUGUCGCUCACUGGUGACACCCCAGGACCCCAAUCCUUGUGCAAGGCCCAUAGGGUUUACUUUAGACCAUUAUUUCUAGGAUAAAGUGAACUGUAAGGCUGGCCGGAGAAGCAAUAAUAAAAUGAUGGUGAAUUUUGAACCCGG